AUGCCACUACCAGAGCAGGUUGAGCUGUACAAUCCCGAGUCCGCAGUGAUGCUGGGAGACCGAUCCAGCUUGUCCCCGAUUGAAAAUCCUCAGGUCUACGGGAAGUUGCGCUACGUGUACGACGAUUACAUCGAAGGCGGCGCGCUACGGAGCGGCGGCACACCGAAGCUCUUCUCACGGCAGUACAUUGGCUUGAUCGCGCAGUACGCGGCGGUUGGAUUCAUUGAUGGACUGCUGCCCAAUGUCAUCUACCCGUUCCUCCAGAACUACCUCAACAUUCCUGGGUCGGAGACCACCACGGCCUCCGUGCUGGUGCAGCUGCCAUGGAGUUUCAAGGUCUUCUACGGCAUCGUUUCCGACUGCUUCCCCAUUCGCGGCUACCGACGUCGACCUUACAUGGUCAUGGGCUGGAUUCUUACUCUGCUGAUGGUGUUGGAGAUGGUGCUUACCCCCGAGGGUCAGCCAUACUUCACUGACCCAGCGUACCGCAACGUGAAGCCCGAGGACUACACACCCGAGAUCAUCGCCACCAUUAACUAUGACGCGGCGAACCAGGGAAGCAAGUACAUUGUCCCAAUGAUGGCGUGCGUCUUCGGGUAUCUGAUGGCUGACGUGUGUGCCGACGCCAUCGUCGUGGAGCUGGCGCAGCGCGAACCGCUCGAGAUUCGAGGACGAACCCAGACAGUGAUUUACACGACGCGCUACUUGUUCAACAUCAUCGCUCUCAUCCUGGUGGCUUUCUGCUUCAACGGCGAUGAAUAUGGUGGAGAUUUCGACUUCUCACUGUCGUUCCCGAUGCUGAUGUUGGUCGUUGGUAUCAUGCUCAUUCCGAUGGUCCCCGUCACGUGGUUUUUCAUCUAUGAGGAGCAGCGUCCAGACUACCACAAGAACUUCAAGCACUACAUGUGCGAGCUCUGGGAUAUUGUGCAGACACGAGCCGUGUACCAGUACGUCGCCUACCAGUUCUUCUCAGGCAUUUUUGCCAUGUUUACGUACGUGUCGAGCUACCCCAUCCAAACCAACUGGGCCAACGUGUCGCCUCUGGAGGAGAAAAUCGCCGGAUUCUGCACUACAGGGAUGUUUGCCAUCGCGGUUUGGUUCUCCGGUAACUACGGCCGCGACUGGGACUGGCGGCGCACAGCAGCGGUGACCAUGAUAUGCAACGUAACGCUGGACGCCGUUGUCAAGCUGCUGACGAUCUGGGAUGUUGUUCGCUCGCCGUACUUUUGGCUCGGGAUCCCCAUUCUGCAGCAAAUUCCUCAAGGAAUCAUCUACAUAGUUGGGUCGUUCAUCAUUGUGGAGCUCUCGACAGAAGGACACGAAGGCGCCAUGUAUGGUCUUCUGACGACGGUCUACAAUCUCGCGACGCCGUUUGCAGCGGCAAUUACUCGCAAUGUUGACGGGCAGUACGACCUGUCGACCGAGCGGAUCCAGAACGACAGCUACGGCGUGAGGCACGACGUGACCAUCACAGUGUUCAUCAUGUGGGGGGCCAACUUGUUCUCGCUCGUGUUCCUGUGCAUGCUUCCUCGUCAAAAGGAGCAGACGCAGGUCAUGAAGCGUCUCGGCGGCUCCAGCUACCUCAUGGGCGUUGUCACGGUGGCAUACCUGACCUUCUCGCUCAUUUGGUCCGUCAUGACCAACAUCAUGAGCAUUUUCGAUUCCACUGCGUGUCUAGUCAUCGCCGGAGGCGAGGGCUGCAAUCAUUAG